CCUGUCAUAACCGUUGUCAUAGUGUUGCUGUCAGAUUCAAAUUAAACCCAUACAGACAGCCCCACGGUCUAGCACCACUGAAGGCAGUUACAUUAUCUUGCUCAAAUAUUUCGAAUAAUGAAACUCUUAUGAAAACUCUUGAAACAGUCUACUUUGAGUUCUCUAGCCUGAGCGCCUUGACCGUCGAAUAACAACAUCUAAAUGGCUGAUGUUUUUGCGCUUUUACCAGGGGUCCAGUGCCUACGAGGAAUACAGCAACCAUUCUGGGAAAGGCAGGAUCGACCUGACCCAAAGGAUUUUACAAUCGCUGACUUGAAGGGCGAGACUGCAGGACGAACGCCUGGGAAAGUAAACGGUGAACAGUUUAUUAUUCGGGAUUGCCAGGAUUCCAAUAUUUAUAUAUAUGAUCAUUCAGCUACGAUAACCAUUGAUGACUGCGUAGGAUGUAAUAUGUUUCUAGGGCCCAUCAAAGGAAGUGUUUAUUUCAGAGAUUGUAAAGACUGUAGAGUAAUUGUAGCAUGUCAACAAUUUAGAACUAGAGAUUGCAAGAAAAUGGACAUCUUUCUUUGCUGUGCUACACAACCUAUAAUAGAGUCUUCGACAGGAAUGAAAUUUGCUUGCUUUCAGUAUUAUUAUCCUGAGCUGGAGAGUCAGUUUGAAGCAGCAGAUUUGAGUUUAUAUAACAACAACUGGAGCAAUCUCCAUGACUUUACUCCUGCACCAGGAGAGGUAACAUGGUCACUACUACCAGAGGAUGCACAUGUAGAUGACUUUGUCUCAGUCCCUACAUCAGACGAGUUCUCCAGCRUCAAGGUAUCCACAGCAAAGCAUGCAAGCAUUGUUCCUGUUACUCUGGGAAGCAGAAGGAAGCCUUUUGAUGAAGUGUGUCUAGUGAUAUUUUUCCAAAGCUCACAAAGAAAAGAGAAAAUUAAAAAGUUUUUGGAAAAAAUUAGAGAAAAGGAAUGCAUAUUAGUACAGACUAAGGAAGUAAGCAUGAAAGCUGAUGAAAUAGCAAGGGUUACUGGUUCUACAGAGUACAAUGAUGCAGUAGCUCAAGGACCAUUAAUUGGUAUGGAAGUAAAUGGCAGAGAUUGUAUUCAAAGUUGUGUUGAAGCCUGUGGGAAAGACAACCCUGAUAUCUACCUGUCAUCAAGUCCACAGAAAGCUGCACAAGAGAUAGACCAGUUCUAUAACUUUGUAGAUAUGUCCAUGAAUUAGGCUGAAAUACUUGUACAGAAUGUGGGCUUUCCUUUAUCAGUAGCUUGUGUAUGCCAGUUCUAUGACUUUGUAAUUGGUGAAUAGGGGUAGGCAAAUCUGUCAAUCCAUUAACAUUAAUGCGUCUUAUUCUGUCAAUCAGCAAAAAGAUUGGCAGUUGACUUGUAUUUUUGGACUGGUCAACGAAAACAAGCAAAAAAUUUCUCACGAGGGUUUAAAUUCACAAUCCUAACUCUAUAAUGAGCCAAAACAAUAAAAAAGCUGAAAAAGCAAAAAUUGAAACCGUUGACCUGUAAAAAUGGAUAAAUUUGUAAUUCGCUGUAUUUGCACAAUCCGCCAAUCUGUUAAAAUUUUGCUAUGAAUCCAUAAUCAGUACUAAAUUAUUUGCAAAAUCUACCGAUCCGCAGACCUAUUGACUGCACCCUUUGUUAAUUAUAGAUAUGUCCUGGCUUGAAUCAGACUAGAAUACUAGUGAAGAAUAUUUUAAAAAUUCGGCCUGCAGCUCAAAUGGUCAAUAACCCAUGAGUCUAAAUAGACCAUGAGGGCGAGAGGUCUAAUAUUGUUUUAAUAUAAACCUACUGAUUGGUGAAGUAAAUGAAUAAUUCAACAUAAUUUCAAAUAAUUUUGAAAUUAGGCUGAAAUUAUUUAUUUUUUGAGCUGUUCUGGUUUUCAAAACUGGCAUUUUUCUCUACUAGUGGUGUAACACUAAUAGACAACUAGGAGCUCAGCCAAUCAAAGCAUAGGAAUUGUGAGAGACCAUUAAGUAGGUUUAUACUAUAAAGUCUGACACGAGAGAAAAAUGUAUUGCUCCUGCAAACAAAACUGCCAUGUGAGAAAGAAGGCUGUUUCAACUGUUCAAAAAAUAUCUUACAAGUGGAUUAAAGAAAUAUAUUUUUGAACAUGAAGUAUUCCCCUUCACAGGUCCCUGCACCAUUUUAAAUAUGGUAACUGUGCCUAUGCAUGAAAGUGAAUGGCAGUGACCUUACAAUAUUAGAGACCUGGUUUAACACCUUGGACAAUUAUUCAUGUCACCGCCAUUCCUGCUUCAAAGCACAGGCAUGGUUAAAUUUCAAGAUGGCACAGGGAACUUGAAGAGGAUUAUUUUGAUCUCCAAAUGGCCAUGCAAAUGUGUUUACCCAGUGACAGAGGACAUGAGUGGCAGUCUUUCACCCUCUCCAUCAUCUGGCUGAGUAACCCAAAGCCAAAAAUGGAUGUUAGAAACAGGAUAUAUUAUGUUCUAAAUUAUUUAUAAAUGGAAAUGUAGUAAACAAGAAGCUACAAGAAGCUUACUUAUCUCCCA